GAUUUGUUUACUGAGAGUUUCGUUUGCCGGCUGCUGCCUGGAUCAUGGACCGUAAAAAGAAGCCAUUGGAUGUGACGGUUUCCUCGCUUGUAGACUUGAAGGCUGAACUUUUCCGAAAACAGGAAGAAUUCAAAAGAGAAAAACUUCUGAAAGAUGCUGGAGCCCCUGUAAAGCCCAAAGCUACAAACAAGAAGCCAAGCAUUUGGAUUAAGCAAAACAAAGGUGUUUCAGAUCGAGCUGAAAAAGAUGCUGAACAGAAGAUAGAAGAGCAGCAAACAUUGGAUAAAUCAAGACAGAAACUCGAAGAGAAAGCACAACUCUACGAGCAGAUGACAAAAGGAGACUUUCCAGAUGAAGAAACUGAGGAUUUGUACCUUGUGGAUUUCACUCAGAAGAUCAUUGACAAACAGAGAGAAGUACAAGAACAGUGUGCAAAUGAAGCUGCUAGGAAGGUAGCAGAGAAGGAGAAUGGGGAAGAAGAGAGACUCUCAGAAGCAGAAAUUCCACCUCCGCAGGACCCCACUGAAGAAUGGGUUGACUAUGUGGAUUCUUUAGGCCGAUCUAGACGCUGCAUGAAGAAAGAUUUGCCACAUCUGCUUCAAAUGGAUAAAGAGCUCCAAGGGAAGAGGCAAAUGACUGAUGGGAAAACUCUGUUGUCUGAAGAUAUGAGAAGGGAGCUUCAACGUCAGGAGUGGGAAAGAGAAGAAGAAGAAGCCCUAAAGAAACCAAUGGGGCCAAUACAUUAUGAGGACAUUCGAGAAAACGAGGCCAGACAGCUUGGUGUUGGUUACUUUGCCUUUGCCCGUGAUCAGGCUUUGAGAAGAAAACAAAUGGAAACUUUAGAAAUGCUACGAGAACAGACUACCGACCAGAGAACAAAGCGUGAACAUCUGAAGGAGAAACGUAAGGCUGUUCUGGAAGCGAGGCUGUCCAAGCUUCGAGCCAAAAAGAGACUAAAAGAUGGUGAUACGAGGGAAAAUGGAGCAGAGGAAGACACUGCGGAGCCAGUCCCCGCUGAACCCAAGCCUGCAGAAGUGCCAAGAGCUUCCACAGAAAGUAGAAAAGUGGAAGUUGUCAUCCAGGAACGGAAAGAUACAAAGCCUGGAGUUCCCUACGUUCGAGAGUGGGAUAAAGGCAAAGAAUUUACUUUUGGACUCUGGUCAAAGAAGCAGUCAGAUCUCAGGAAUGAACGAGACCCAGAAUUUGCACCACCUCCUGCUUACUUUAUUGGCCAAAAGAGAGCUCAUGACUUUAAAAGCCAGAGCUGGAACAAACCUGGAUCCUCAUAUGAAAAAAACAAGCAAAAUCCGAGAAGGGACCUGCCAUCCCCAUCCUCUGAGACCCACAGUAGCAGCUCGCAGAACAAUCAGUUUCCUCCCACUCAGGCAUCUGAUAGUGGCUUGCAAGACCAGGAGCUAGUUUACCAAAGUUUAGAUGAUAUGCUGUCCUACUAUAAGCAAGUAACAUGAUCUUUAGAUGCUGUUAGGCAAGGUCAGUGGCUUACAGAUGAAUUAGGGACCUGUUUUUAGGGUUCUAAAUUUUUGUUUUGUUUAAAGUUCAAGAGAAAGUUGUCAUGAUAGGAUAGGUAUCAAAUGUCUUUACUAUGAGAUGAUACUGCAACAACUUACUGCUUACUGCAACAACUAUGCUGCUUCUGUCACUACAAGAAUUAAAGAUUUUUGUUUGAAAGGUGAUACAUUUCUCUAAUGUUUUUUAUAAUUCAGCCAUUGCUAUUUGUUGCCCUUUCCAUUGCUGUUUGCAUCACCAUAAGCACUUGGAUUGGGACCCAAGGACCUACUUUAGGUACACUCCAUCCUGACCAGCGUUGACUUUUUUUCUUUUCUUAUUUCAUAAUAUGAGGCUCAGGCCCCUAUAGCAUGAGGGUCCACUGUUCAAGAGAAAUACGUUGCUGCCCCUGUGCUCUCAGUUACACAGAAUUAGUUCUCUAGUUCAGGGAUGAGGGAAGUGGGACCCUCCAGAUGUUGGACUGAAAAUCCCUGAAACGUUAAUAAUAAAAUAAAGUACAAUGAGAAACACAAUGUAUUAAAACAUAUUUCUGUGAAUAGGGUUAAUUAAGCACAUUGCCACAGGGGCCUAUGCAUAUAUAUUGUUAUUUAAAAUCUUAUCAAUGUGGUCUGUUAGAGAAUUAUAAUAUACAAUUCCUUACUUGUUAGAAGGAAGUGUGUGCAGAAUUUCUUCUAGCAAAAAGAUUGUCUCCUGAAUUAAUCUAUGGCGACUAAAAAGGGUACUCCUCAAAUUCAUUUGUAUAUUCUUCGUUCAUUUUUUUCUGGGCUCUACCAGGCGUUUCCAUGUAGUUAUGAUAAGUGUUGUACACUGUUGCUAUAGCUGGGGAGUGUCUGCUAAUUGUCGAAGAGUCACAAUAGUGGGUAAAAAUUCCAGAACUUCAUUUAUGCCACACGGAUUCAGAGUUUUUAAUUUCAGAAUCCAGUCUUAUUUUCCUUCUUAGUAGCUGUUUGUCAUCCUGUGUGCUUAGUCUAUCCAGGGCCCAACAUUUCAAAUCUGAAUGCUGCUGUUCUGUGAAAUGGUUUAGUAAUGGAGCACCUGGUCUCUUGAUUUUUAUAUUGUUCAGGUGCUCUCCAAUCGUCUUUUUAGCAGUCUGGUUGUUUUUCUCACAUAAAUCUUAGGAUUCCAGUAUUAGAGUAGUUUGUUUUACUAGAUAAACUUAGUUUUUAUUUCAAAUAACUACAAGUGCUAAAUGGUGUUCCAUUGUAGUCUGUUAAAUUAUAAGUCUUGUUUAUAUUAUGGUAGUCAACUAUUGUAUAAGGCAUCUUAGUGUAGAAAUGAGAUCCUGUUAAGUCAUGGUCCCUGCUUUCCACUGAUCAUCUGGAUUUCUGACAAGACUGAAGAAGCAGGUGGUUCAUAUGGGCAUUAUCAAACUGCCAUUUUACCAUUGCAUGAUGUUGGGAUUUCCUGUGUUCAGCUAUGUAAGUAAAACGAAAUUAAACACACAUUUCAAGGUGUCCCUUUCACUGUGUCACUGUGAUUAUGAUGGCCAGUAGCAAAAUAAACCCAGAUAUCUUUUCUA